AUGAUUUCUUCUUCAAUUACAAUUAUUAUUUCGGUAAUAUUUGGUUAUCUAAUAUCACAUUUUAAUUUAUUAAACUUUAUAAUAUCAUCACUAAUCGAAGUGACCGUAAUUCACAAUAAAAAAAUUAUCAUUGGGGCAAUUUUAGGUCAAUUUUUAAUAUACUUUUUUAUAUUCUUUUUACCAUUAUCAAGUGUAGCGAAUCAGAUUGUUAAUGAAGAAACAGAAUAUAGAAACCAACAACCAAAUAACAACAACAAUACUAAUACCAGCACCCCUGGAACCAAUAGCAACAAUAAUAAUAAUAAUAAUAUCAACAAUAAUCCAAAUAUGAAUAAUUUUAUUCAAAAUAAUAAUGUCAAUAAUAAUAAUAGCUUUUUAAAUAGAAUGAAUUUAAAUAACUUUAAUUUAAACAAUAAUUGGUUACAACAAAACUAUUUAAUACCAAGUUCAACAUUAAAACCAAAUUAUUUAAAAUAG